CACACCGCCCAGCCGCACGUCCCGUCCCGUGUCUCUUUACGACCCCCUACGAACCGAACGACAUCAUCUCCGUUUCCUUGUCCGUGGACUCGACCUUAUUUGUCUCCUAUCUCAGCGUCACCUGUGAAGCCGCUUCCCCACCACUCACGUUCAGCAUCCUGCGGCCUUCGAGCCCAGCACUCCCGAGUUUGCAAGCAAAAUGGAUCAGUGGACCGUCGCCGUCCUCGGGGAUGGUGGUGUAGGUAAAACCGCGCUAGCCGUGCAGGUGAGUGCACAGUCGGCUUGAUCGCGUUAUCCCGGGAUUGACUGUGGGUCACUAGUUCACACUUAACUGUUUUGUCGGUGAGUUCCUACCAUUUCUACCGAAUGAGACUACCCGCUGACGAUGGGAACCGUAUUCUCGCAGAGACUUACGAUCCAACGAUAGAAGAUGCUUACCGUAAACAAUUCGUCGUCGACAACCGCAUGUGUUUUGUGGAGGUGAUUGACACUGCAGGGCAGGAGGAGUAUGCGACACUUCGAGAUCAAUGGGUCCGAGAAGGCCAAGGAUUCAUUCUGGUGUAUUCGAUCGCUUCUCGCUCAACCUUCAACCGGCUCGAGGUCUUCCGUCAAUCGGUGCGGAGGGCAAAGCGUGGAGACCCGAUCUUGUUGCUUGUGGGCAACAAAUGUGACAAGACGUAUGAGCGCGAAGUGACGAAAGAGGAGGGAGCCGCCCUGGCCCGGCAAUUCGGCUGCGAAUUCAUCGAGACUUCAGCGAAGACGGCACAAAACGUCGAGCGCGUCUUCACCAGUCUUGUGCGCUCUCUCCGACAAACAAGAAAUGUGGAACCUGGUGUAGCACCAACCCCUGGCAGACCGAAGGAAAAGAAGGAAAGGAAGUGCAUCAUCUUCUAAGGAUUUUUUUCUGGGAUCGUCGUGUCUACUUAGAUUGCUCCUUCCUUUUACCUCCUUCGAUGAUACCAGUCUUUCCUUGUUUUUGGCUACGCACUCCUCUGCUCUGCAUCUCCAUCACCUGUUGUUUCGAUACACACCCUGUUACACACUGCUUUAUCGUGACUUGUACGUCGUACGUGGCUGACACCUCUCAAGUCAGAAUGAUGUGGCCGUCCCACUACCUUCUCCCUUGGAAACGUCUGGCCUGGGUUUCACGAUUGCUUCCAACCCCCCCCCAUGUCUCAAACCUCAAAUGAGCUCGCUGGUGAUGUAAUGAGACUGUGCGACGACGCGGACUUUCUGGUUCGCUCUUCUGUCGAUGGUUCGACGUUCGCGGUCAGCCGGCACAGAAUGUCUGCUGGCUCACAUGUAUUCAGCGACAUGUUCACAUGCUGCGACUCGGUCUCCUCUCAACACAGAUCACACACUCUCGAUCUCGACGAAUCUCAGGGUUCGCUGACGUCCCUGCUUCGUCUGAUCCACUCUCCGCCGUCCCCGCCGACUCAAUUCAUCCGCAAGCCGCGAGAGGAGAAGGUCAAGACACAUCUGCCCGUCCGCUUCGACCUGUCUACAGCAAUCCCGUUGCCCAUCCUGCGGCUUCUGCUACAACUGGCCGACAAGUAUGCGCUGUCAGAUCCGGAGUCCCUCAAAGCGUUACGGGAACACCUCUUGGCCUAUGCUCCCACCGAUGGGCUGGAAGUCUACGGUCUGGGCUUGCGAUACUUGGAUCUCAUCGGAGAGCAUGUUGUCAACGAGGCCAGCCAGUAUAUUUUCCCUCUGCCGACCUACUCUCUGGACCAGAUUCAAGUGGUUCCCUCCGUUCAUGACCAUCAUCGCAUUCUAAGGCUUCAGAACUUCCGCGCUAAGGCCUUGCAGAAGAUCGUAGUCGAAGAAGACUUGUUCCCGCAUGGUUAUGGAACGUGCGAUACGCACAAGGACCACGCUCUCUCGGAAUGGGAUCGCGCUUGCUUGGUUCUCGCUCGGAAAGUCGAAUCCAAUACCGAUGUAGCGGGCGAAAUCGCCGAAAACCUGCUGGACGUCAAGCCCUUCGACCAAUGCGGGAUCUGCAAGAAGGCCUUGACUGCGGUCGUCGACCUGCUGGCAUACAAGUGUCGGAGACUGCCCAGACGGUUGAACGAGAUGUCAGCAGACGUAUCGGUUCCGCAGACAUAAGUCCCAGUUUAUCUGAUUAGAACGUCUAUAGUGCGAGGGUAUCGUAAAUGCAUUAUUGAUU